AUGGGCGUUAACAAGCCCUCGCGGGCAUCGUUCAAGGCCUUCUUUGGCUUCCUCCACCUGCUCUUUUACGCAGACCCAAUAUGGCUCGACAAACUCCUCAUUUGCGUGGGCUUUCUUGCGGCCAUUGCUGCAGGCGUGCCCUUUCCCUUGAUUGGAAUCGUCUUCGGUCAGCUGGUCGAUAACCUGAAUACCGCCUCCUGUGAGGCCGAGAAUGCUCCAGGUUCGACGUCCGGAUUGCAGGCCUCCAUCAACUCAAAAGUCUUGCUCCUCGUCUACAUCGCCAUCGCCUCCUUCGUUCUGAUAUACACGCAUAUCGUUUGCUGGAACAUCACCUCGCAGCGACUGGCUCAACGCAUCCGUGACCGUUAUCUAAAGAGUCUGCUGCGGCAGGACAUUGCCUUCUUCGACAAUCUGCAGGCUGGAGAAGUCUCCUCGCGCCUCAAUGGCGACAUCCAGGCCAUCGAAACCGGCACCUGCGAGAAAGUCGGCGUGUUCCUAACAUGCAUCUCCUUCUGUGUCACUGCAUAUAUCGUGGCCUUCAUCAAGGAUGUCAGAUUGGCCGGCAUGCUGAUUUCAUUGAUACCCGCUUUCCUCAUCAUGACCGUCGUUGGGGGACGGUUGGUGCAGAAAUAUUCGACUAAAGCCUCAGACUACUUCGCUAAAGCCAGCGCCAUCGCUUCUGAGGGGCUCAGCCACAUUGGUCUCGUGCACUCCCUUGGAGCCAAUGCACGCCUAGAAGAGAAGUUUCGGGGCUACUUGAGCGAUGCCAGAAGAGAGGGAAUUAGGAAGGCCGUAGCCGCCGCAGCUCAGGCCGGACUUCUCUACUUCAUCGCCUUCUCUGCGAAUGCACUUGCCUAUUGGCAAGGGAGCCGAAAAAUUGCGGAUACGGUGCAAUCUGGGAGCGGAGACACGACGGUUGGAGAGAUCUACACCGUCAUUUUCAUCCUUGUCGAUGGUGCAAUUGUUCUCAGUCAGGUAGCUCCGCUACUACCGCUGUUCGGUGGAGCCGUUGCUGCCUUUAAACGACUGCAAGGCGACAUCGAGCAGUGGCCCACCAUCGACGGCACUUCGGGCUCCGGCGUCAUACCUUCUCCCGUGGAGGGUAGCAUCGAGUUUUGCAAUGUCUCAUUCACAUACCCCUCCCGGCUAGCGCAUCCCGUUCUUGAUGACGUCUCAUUCCAAUGUGAAGCCGGCAAGCUCACAGCAAUAGUGGGUCUCUCUGGUAGUGGGAAGUCGACUAUUGCUGCCCUCAUCGCUCGAUUCUACGACCCCCAGAAUGGCGCGAUAAGCCUUGACGGCCAUGACCUCCGGACUUUGAACGUGAGAGCCCUGAGAGGCUUCAUCAGCCUCGUGCCUCAGGAACCGUCGCUCUUGGACCGUUCCAUCCUGGAGAAUGUUGCUCUCGGUCUGGUCAACUCCCCAGCGCAUUCUCAUCUAGAAGAGACUCUGCUUUCCGACGACCUGCAGCGCCUUGCAAAUGAAGUGAGGAGCGGUGGUGAUCUCACCAAGUGUGCAGAAAGAGCUGGUUCUAGAGUCGCUGAAAUUGUUCAGCUGGUGCAGACUGCCGUCGAUCUUGCAGAUGCCACGGGUUUCAUCGACCGCCUUGAAAACGGCUUUGCGACCCUCGUGGGAUCUGCCGGCAGCCUUGUGAGUGGCGGCCAGAAGCAGAGAAUCGCCCUCGCUCGCGCAGUCGUACGAGACCCGAAGAUUUUGGUUCUAGACGAAGCCACCGCAGCGUUGGACUCUGCGAGCGAGCUGCGAAUCCAAGCUGCGAUCGAGAAAGCGUCCAAAGGCCGGACGGUUAUCUCUAUCGCCCACCGCUUGUCAACCAUCAAAUCGGCCAGCAAGAUCGUGGUGAUGCGGACUGGCAAAAUCCUUGAACAAGGUGACCAUGAGGAGCUAAUGAACCUGAACGGGUCAUACGCGGAGAUGGUUCGCCUCCAGUCCGUAAAACCGUCUGAUGAUGGGACGUCGAGUUCUCAAGGUAGCACUCAUGGCCAGGAAGUCGACGUUAUUGAGCAGCGGGAGGUCGUUCAUUUCGAAAAGGCACAAGAGCCCGAGGUAUCCAAGAAUACCCCCAUCGACAAGCCUAACGAUGCCGGAGGAGAAAUCCUCGGACGUUCAAUCCUCAAGACAAUGAGACCUCUGGUCCGCCCAUAUCUGCUCUUGCUAGCCAUCGCCUUCUUAGCGGCUACUGUAGUUGGUGGCACGUAUUCAGCUUCUGGUACGAUCUUUGGGAACACCCUGGGCAGCUUCUCGCCAUGCAACCCACCCAGUUAUAUACGGUCUCGUGGACUGCUGUUUUCUGGUCUUUUCUUUAUGCUGGCGUGCGUUGAGUUUCUCGCUAACUUCACGAGCUGGUCCGCCUUCGGGCUUAUCUCUGAACGUCUAAUCUAUAAAGUACGGAUUCUCUCCUUUCGCUCUCUCUUCCAGCAGCCGCUGCAGUGGCACGAGUCCCACAGCCGCAGUCCUACCAUGCUCCUCGGCUACAUAACCAACGAUGGCAACGCGUUAGCUGGCUUCAGUGGAUCCAUCAUUGGCACGCUCUUCUCCGUGAUUGUCAACUUCAUUGCCGCAAUUACGCUGUCUCACAUCAUUGCUUGGAGGAUAUCAGUUGUGCUUCUUGUUACAGUCCCUCUCCUCCUUGGCGCGGGCUUCAUGCAACUCCGCUCUAUUUCUCGCUUCGCCGAAAGGCACGCUGGCGCUUUCUCUUCGUCUGUCGGCAUUACGGUCGAGGCCGUCUCCAAUAUCCGCACCAUCGCAUCGUUAUCGCUAGAAGACGAAGUUCUGCAAACAUAUCGCCGAUCUCUGAAAGCACCGCGGAAGGAGAUGGUCCUCCAAAGUUUCAAGACAAAUAUUUGGCUAGCAAUCGCGAACUCAAUGGGCAACGUCCUCUAUGCAUUCGCCCACUGGUGGGGAUCAAAGAAUAUCCUGGAGGGGAGGUACACACAGACCCAAUACUUUAUCAUCCUCAUCGCCAUGCUGGUAUCCGCGCAGCUUUGGGGCCAGCUAUUCACCCUCGCGCCAGAAAUUUCCAGAGCAAAACGCGCCAUCUCGAGGAUCGUUGGCCUACUUGAACUGGACAAUGACUUAUCGGAGUCCGCAUCAGGAAGAUCUACGCCAGGCUCUGAAGAAUUAGACGAGAAGGACAUCGAAGCCGCCGGUACCUCUGUAGGACCGACACGAGGUGGAGCACGAGUCGAAUUUAGCGACGUAUCGUUUGCAUACCCAGCCCGGCCAAACAUACCCGUCCUGACGUCGCUAUCACUUUCUAUCCAACCUGGUCAAUUCUGCGCUCUUGUAGGCCCCUCUGGAGCUGGAAAGAGUACGGUCUUGGCACUUCUGGAACGGUUUUAUGUCCCAGCAACUGGCAGCAUCUCCGUCAAUGGCCUGAAUAUUUCACGACAUCACGGCACCUCUUUCCGCGACAGUAUGGCCUAUGUUCCUCAAGAGAAUGUGCUCUUCCAAGGUAGCAUCAGAUUCAACCUAUGUUUGGGAGCACGUCCUGGUCACAACCCCAGUGAUGGCGAGAUCCAAGAGGCAUGCAAAGUGGCAAACAUCCAUGAAGCAAUCAUAAGCCUCCCACAAGGUUACGACACGGAAUGCGGGUCCGGCGGCUCGCAGCUUUCAGGCGGACAACGCCAACGUCUCUCCAUUGCACGUGCACUAGUCCGCAAGCCGAGACUUUUGUUGCUGGAUGAAAGUACGAGUGCCCUAGAUGCCGAGAGCGAGAAGGCUUUGGAAGAAGGUCUCCAAAGGGCUGUCCAGCGGCAUGGUGUCACGGUUAUCGCAAUAGCACACCGACUGAGGACCAUUGCACGAGCGGACGUCAUAUUUCUGAUCGAAGCGGGCAAGGUGACGGACCAAGGACGGCAUGAAGAGCUGAUACAACGGAGCGAAAGCUACCGCGUCAACGCACUCCAUCAGAUGUUGGCAUGA